UAUGCUAAUUUAUUUUUCCUUUUAAUAUAACUUCAUUUUAUAUAUUAUUAAGGACAUUAAUUUUCAAUAAUUAUUCAGUAUAAAGUAAAAUUUAAUUUAAAAAAAGGUCUUUUUUUUAUUUUAUUUUUAAAAAAUAAUUUCUUCAUGUUAUUCAUCUUUUAUUUCAUUAUUUAAAUUAAGACCGAAAAAAAAUUAUAUUCCAGUGUUUUUUUUAGACUGCUUUUAUAAAAAAACAUCCAUUAUUUCCAAUACAUUCCUUUUUUCUAAAAAAACUUACAUUUUUUCACUAAACAAACAAAUUAAUAUUGAAAAAAAAAAAAUCCAGAAAAUCAUAUAAUUCCUUUCGAAAAAAUGAACUAGUAUUCCCAAAUUUAAUCCCAUUAAAAUAUUUAUGUGAAAUUUUUAAAUUUUUCUAAUAUUUUCUUAUCCUAAUAUAUAGUAUUCUAUCCCAAAAUUAAAACAAAUAUAUAAAUAAAUGCUAUAAAUUCCCAAAAAUACGUUUAUAUAUAUAUUCUAGACACCUAAAACUGUCUAAAAACCUAAAAUCAAUUCAAAAAAAGUUAUUUUAUGCGCUUUUUCAACCAUUUUAUU